UUGCAGUGUGUGUGCGUGUGUGCCGCGUGUUUCCAAGUUUCAAUCAAAGCCAAGUUAACGAGAAAAUGGCAAGUCGAUUUCUGACCGCACUCUCCCUGAUGGCGCUCGCUGGCAGCUGUCUAGGUGGCUUCGCAGCCACGUACGCUGGUUACCAUCCCGGCUUUGCCACCUAUCAGUCAGCUCCCGCUGUCUACCAUGCGGCACCAGCUGCUGCUCUCUAUCAUCAGGCAGCGGCGGCUCCAGUGUUGGCCAAAACGCUGCUGCCAGCUGCACCGAUUUACACAAAGUCAUACGCUGUGCCCUCGCCCUUUGUGAAGGCUGUUGCCCCAGUUGCUGCAGUUGCUCCAGUUGCUCCAGUGGCUGCUCCCGUUGUGAGUACUUACGCAGCUCCCGCUAUCGCUCCCGUUGUGAAGACCGUUGCCCCGAUUGUCAAGCAGGUGGAACUGGAGUCUGCGCCCCGUUACGAUUUCUCCUAUGGCGUCCAUGACUCGCUCACCGGCGAUAUCAAGAGCCAAGUGGAAAGCCGCGACGGUGGUAAUGUGGUUGGCUCCUACAGUGUCCUCGAUGCCGAUGGUUAUAAGCGCACAGUGACCUACACCGCCGACGACAUCAAUGGCUUCAAUGCUGUGGUGCACCGUGAGCCUGUGGUUGCUGCCCGUGCUGCAGUCGUCGCACCUGUUGCCACCGCUCCAGUGGUUGCCGCUGCUCCAGUGGUUGCCGCUCCAGCCACAUUCCCCGCACCAAUCUACUACCCACAAGCCCAGCAGCAAGUGUUCCAGCCACAACAGCAGCUUUUCCAGCCACAACAGGUUAAUGUCGAGCAGGAGAGCGAAGUUGUGGAGGCACCUCGUCAGCCCGAACAGGAGCCAGCGCCCAUUGACUACACGGAGGAGCAGCAGCAACAGCAGCAGCUUUACCCACAGGAUCAGCAGUUCCCACCUUAUCCAUCAGCGUCCCCAGCUCCGGCUGAUUCCAGCGAUGGCGACAACGAUUCCGAUGUGGUAGAAGCUCGUGUUGCUAAGGAAAACGGUUCCACUACCCCAGCUUCAGCUCCAGCUCCAGUGAACGAGGACAAUAAGGAGGAGGACAAAAAGUCGGCAUAAAUUAAACUGACCACGCUGAAUACUUUCUGUUCAAAUAAAAAAUUUAUUCAA